UACGCCAAAAGAUGGUAGAACCUACUCCAUUUAUUUUGACUCAAUAUGGAAGUCUUGAAAAUUUAGAAAAAUAUUGUAGAGAUAUGCCAAAAAUUGAGUUACAUGCACACAUUAAUGGUUCUAUAAGUCCGGAAACACUUCAACAAUUAGUAGAACGAAAGAAAGAAAAGAAACCUCAUUUAGCACAAUUUACAAUACCAAAAAGAAAAUUAGACGUAAUUAAUGAGUUUUUUUCUAUAUUCAAUGUCGUGUAUCAACUGACCGAUGAUGAUGAGUCAAUAGGUUAUAUUACCGAAUCUGUAAUUCUUGACUUUAAAAAGGACGGAGUUCAAUAUUUAGAAUUAAGGACAACUCCAAGAAGUGAUAAAAAUGGGAUGAUGACAAAAGAAUCCUAUGUAGGUAUCGUUUUGUCAGUUAUCCAAAAAUUUUCAUACUCAGAACACGGAAUUAUUGUUAAACUGAUACUAAGUAUAGAUCGUCGAAAUACCUUGGAAGAAGCUAUGGAAACUGUGAAUUUAGCUAUUAAAUAUAAAAACAGGGGUGUUGUUGGUGUUGAUCUUUGUGGUGAUCCUAGCAAGGGACAUAUAGAUAAUGUUAAACCUGCUUUCAUAGAAGCAAAAAAACACGGAUUGAAAGUUACACUACACUUUGGAGAGAUUGAAGAGAAUAUACCAGAACAUGCGUCAAUGCUUGAACUUUCCCCUGAUCGUCUUGGUCAUGCUACACAUCUUGAUCCAGAAUCAAAGGAUUAUAUCUCUUCAAAGAAUAUUCCGGUAGAGAUGUGUAUGACUUCUAAUGUGCUAAGUAAUACAGUGAAGAAUUAUCGCGAGCAUCAUAUUCGGGAUUUUUUAAUAACGGGUUACAAAUUUUGUAUUUGUACUGAUGAUAAAGGUGUUUUCUUUUCGGAUCUUUCCACUGAAUAUGCAAUUGCCGCUUCAACAUUUUCUCUUGAUCCAAAAAGUUUAUUCGAACUUUCAUUUCAAAGUAUUGAUUGUAUAUUUGAUAACGAUGAGACAAAGCUACAAUUGCGCAAAAUAUGGAAUGACUGGUAUAGCUCAAGCAAAAAUUCUUUGUUGACAAAUGUCAAUGAUUGAGAUCUUUAUGAUUGAUAUUAUAAACACAUUUUGGAUAAAUAUAAAAAUAGUUUAUUGAUAAUCAAUGUUAUUAAAUUACAUUUUAUUAAGAGA